AUGGAUGAUGAUGAUGAUGAUGAUGAUGUUGAUGUUGAUGGCGGGGUAGCGAGAACAAUGGAACAGAGGAAUCAACACGAUGUAGGAUUGGACGAUAAAUGCAGAGAGGUGAUGGUCCGUCAACGUAUUUUUCCGCCUGUAGCCAGCUGGAAAUCCCAUGAAAACCGACUUGUCGUCCGCCAUGUUCAGAAUUUUCUCAAUGAGCGUUCAUUGAAACUCUCCGAAGUCGGACGGCGCCCCGAAUUAUUUGUUCUCUUACGAAAUGAAUUGACCAUCGUGGAUAUCAUAUCGCACAUUGGCGAGAAGAAAGAAACCUUUGCCCAACCAACGGGGAGGGGAGAAAAGGUCAGCUCAUGGCACUGCGUCCAAGCUUGGAUCUCGUGGGUGAUUCUUCAUGAGCUUCUUCACUCCCCCGUCCCGAGCCGAGAGGGCCCAUACUCAUCCCCUUCGAAUCGUAUUCCGGGGACGAGACCGAACCAAUACCCGCAGUGGAAGACUAUCACCGACCCUUCGACCAAUGAUGGUCUAGAUCGAAUUACCGAACGUCGCCGGAAAGAUGCGGAAGGAAACGGCGCUUCGACGACCCAGCAUCUCCAUUUCUCAUCUCCGGACAUUGCUCUAGUCUUGGACUUGGGAAUUCGCGAAGAUUCCUUGUUGGCCAUCAAACGAUAUCUUAAGCUGGCCGGUCGCUUGGGAACCACCUCGGGUCUUCUCGUACACACCUCCAAGACGGACCAUAACGCCCAUAUCACAACAUCUAUCGCCUUCUAUCACCAUCUCUCGACCUCGUAUUCGGGUUCCUUCCCUUUCCUCUUCCUGCCAAGGCUUUACUUAACACCUUCCUCGCUCGUGUAUCCAUUGCUCAUCGUGACUCGUGCUGCGCCUGUCCUCUACCUCUACCUCUACCUCUACCUCUACCUCUACCUCUACCUCUACCUCUACCUCUACCUCUACCUCUACUUAAUAUUUAGCUAA